CCGCGAUGACAGUAGGAGUCAGUAGGAGUUGCUCCAUGGUUGUUUCCAGAGCGGCGAGGAUGAGCGGCGGCAAACCAUGGCGUAUGUUAACGUUGCCGAAUGGAAGACGGAUCAAGUGUGCGAGUGGUUAAAAGGCUUGGAUAAUUCGGUGCUGCCUUACGUUCAUAGUUUCACAAAUCACAGUGUGAAUGGACAGCAACUUUUAAACCUAAGGCCUGAAGAUUUGGAGCACCUUGGAGUGUUGAAACUUGGCCACCAAGAAAUCAUCCUUGAGGCUGUUGAAUACCUACGUAAUUUCCACUAUGAACUUGACCGAGAAAACCUGCAACUCUUGGCGUUACGGCUUAGUUGUCAAGCAUAUAGUCUGCACAAUGAAUUAUGUCGUCAGACCGAUUCCAAACCUGUCACAACUCAAACAUUAUCCGACGUAGCAUCAGUGGUGACAGCAGUAAAGCCAUUAGUACGAUGGCUCGAUCGACCACCAUUUAGUGGACAAUUAGAGUACAAUGAUAAGAAAGCAGAACUACUCAAAUUGUCCCUGGAGAUGGCGACCUGUGCACAGCGAGACAGAUUUGCUGAUAAGCCCAUCGAAGAAAUUAGAACCACUUGUGGACAACUAGCAAAGUUAGCGGACUACAUUAUCCGAGACAUUGCCGAUCCAAUGAUCUUGCAACCUGCUAGUCUGGACUUGGCGACACUGAAGAAGAGGCCUGGUGACGAUCUAGGAUUUUACAUUCUACCAUCAUUCCACGGGGCACAUCAAGUAGCAGAAAUAAAAUUUGGAUCAGCAGCUCAUCAGUGUGGGAAAAUGGAAGAAGGCGAUGAAAUAGUUCAGGUAAAUUACCAGACAGUUGUCGGAUGGGAAAGAAAAAAUGUACUGGAGUUGUUUCGUGAAAGUCCAGCAGAAGUCCUGUUAACUUUAAAACGUAGACCGAGGCACACAAAAGUUUAUGGACAAAUCUACAUAAAACCGUACAGAUUGCCGAGUAAUAAGAAAACACCAUACACAACUCGAUGGCAACAUAACCUUCCAUCACCUAGACCGGAGCUACUCACCAUCCCUGAUUUUACAAUGCCACUGCCCAGAAAUACACCUAAAGAUCCCAGCCCAGAACCGACAAGUAUCCUGGACACUGUAAACAUGCUAGACACAAUGAUCACUGACAGUAGCGAUUCCGAUAGCGAGGUCGAUCCCCCGUCAUCCGUGCGCCUUUAUUCCACGAAGCCAAGAAACUUGGUCCAGCGGAGAGCAACAAUAACUGGAGCAAGCCCAACGACGAAGCACAGUCUUGAUUUAGAGCGUUUCUGGCGCGAAUUGAAGCAGGAACACAGCACAAGCUUCCAACUGCGAGACAAGGCUGCAUCCUGUGCCCAUGGUUUGGACAACGUCCCCUCAAGUAUUAGACCUCAGACUUGCAUGGGUAUCGAGCAGUCGAAAAGGCGAAAAAAAGUGGAAGAACAACAGCUAGACGAGAAGAAAGUGCACUUCCAGGAAAAGUCUGGGGAUGUGAUCUGCACCUCGUCAGAAGAGAGCGAAAAGUCGUUGAAAGACUGGAGGACUGUUGACGGCUCAAAAGAUGAUACUCGAAAAAAUGAACCCUUGGAUCCCAAUCAAGUAUGUUGUCAGAACUCAACGAACGUAGAUAUUAAUAAUAUAAACGUUAAGAACAAUGCGAGUACUCAGCAGGCAAACUCGGAGAAAAGCACGGAAGUUGUCAAUGAUGGUGAUAACAAGACACGGAGCAAUACUCGACGUAAAGAACGUGGCAAGUUGGAUAAGAGCCAUAGCACUCCGGCCUAUGAUCUCACUGAGGUAGAUUUUCUGGAAAGAAAAACUGCCACUUUGGAGAACCGGCCUAAGUUUCGACCACCAACCAGUAUGCCACGAAGCGUACCUAGUAUUAUCUCUAAAAAGACUGAUUCGCAGGAAAAUGCAGAAAGUUGCAGUAACGAGAUCGAUAAUAGUUCAGCUGUGGGCUCGGAAAGUGCAACCGGAGUAGUGGGGGCUAACAAAGUGGAAUGUAAUUCCAACUACUCCGAUGUUGACAGAAAACAGUCUACGUCAAUGGCAUCCAGUUCUGCAGACUUAGUUAAAAGUGUUGUACAUAUUAAAGUCUCCGACGUCGAUGAAGCCAGUUGCAGUGAAGUUAGCCAAAGCAAUAGCGACAGUAUCACGCAUCCUGUAAAUAAUACUUGUGGAUCGAGCAGUGAAAACCAUAGGAUUGUCAGGAAUCGAAUCGACAGACCAGGAACUGAUCCUGAAACUUCGGAAGAAGGCUCUGAAUUGAAUCGGGAGAGUAGCAAUGAAAAGACCGAAUCUACGGAGAGCUAUAACGAAGGCACCGGAAGCAGUAGCGAAGGAGAUGUGACAUUCAAAAAGUUUGGUGCUAUUCUGCAAACCAUUGACUGUGCCUUAAUGGAGCACUCAAGGCUCAUCGAGAAGAAGGCCUUGAUCCAAGCUUCGGUUGACAAUAUGGCCACUUCGACAGAGAAACAAAUCACUGUGCACAAUACUUCUCUCAAACCUAAUUCAGUUAGUGAUAUUCAAAUACCUCAGGAAAACCAGAGUACUCCUCCGCAAUGUUCUUGCAGUAGUAAUAUGAACUCGUGCUGUAGGAAUUAUGGUGCCUUGCAGACUUGUACAUGUUCUGGGUGGUCGAAAAAUAAGGCUGCCAAGAAACCUGAAAUAAAACCCAGACUCACUCCUCCAGAGCCUCCUCCUAGGAAAUACUUCACAAAACCUGCUCCAUUGAACUUGAACCUAUCGAACAGUCCUAACUUACCCGAUACUCUGGAGAGACCAAAGGCUCCGCAAAAGCCCUCUACUAGCAGAGAGCUUGGUAAAGUGGAACAGUUUGUGGAGCAACAUAAACCCGAAGGCUUUGACACUAGACAUAAGAAUGAUCAUCUGGAAACUUAUCGAGAAUUUGUAGAGAAGUCGAUGGAUUUUAUUGAUGAGCCGACCACUCCGAUCAACGAGUGUAGUUAUACGGAGAUUUUUGAGAACCAGUUGAAGGAUGAUAGGAAUAGAUAUGAUAAGUUCGAUGAAGACCGAUCCAAUGGGAUGAGCCAUUUUACCAUGGAUCGGUGUAGAUCUGAAUGUCUUGCCAGAAAUGCGGAUUCUCCGGACGGUGUAGGAUGUUCUAGGCAGAACCAAUCUCCAGAUUUGAAAACUAGGACUAUAGAAAAGGACAAACAUCCUGAGAAAGGAGUUGUCAAUAGAGCUAUGAUGGUUGCCAGAAGCAUCGGUCUACCAGGAACGUCAAACAAGUCCUCUGGCUCCAGUCCUCGAAUCAGUAGAAAGCGAAACAUGUUGCUCGCAAAAAGACGAAACGUUUCAGUGAAAGAUAUCGGAGCAGGCGAUUUGGAGGGGUGGUUGACGUAUAGAAGUCGGGGUGCUGGAGGAGCCUGGGCCAGAGCUUGGUUUAUACUCAAAGGUUCUUUCCUUUAUAGAUUCAAGACGCAGGAUAGUACAAAAGCAGAUUGCUUGAUAGCUUUAACUGGAUUUACCGGAUCCCAAGCUGCCGAAGUAAAGUCUAGAAAGUUUGCCUUCAAAGUCUAUCACACGGGUACGGUAUUUUAUUUUGCAACCGAUGCUGAAGAUUCUCUGGGAAUAUGGCUUGAUGCCAUCAACAAAGCCACUUUGGGCACCGAUAGUCACAGCCAGAUCAGUGGACUGUUCAGUGAAACAGAUGAAAGUGACUGUGAGAACAAGAGUAGGACAAAGGGUGUCCAGACUCCAGAAUCGAAGCCAAGUCGAGAGAAGAUUUGUGGUUCUCUGAAAAAAGCUACUAGAAAGGAACCCGGCUUUAAGGAACACGAGAUGAGUGGUGCUAGUUUGGAUAGGAAGUACUUGAGAUUUUUGGGUGCCCGAAACCAAAAUGUUCCAGUGCCAACAGCUCAAUUCAGAAGCUAUCGAAGAGUGUUACCUACAUCUACUCCGAAUAGAAAACAGGAAUCGAUACCAAACAUAGCGGAUAUGCAAGUGACUGUAGCAGGCAGUACAUUUUAUGGACUCAGCUCGUCUCAAAGUGCUUCCGAUGUGCCAACUAGUCAAGAAAUGGCUGAUUACCGGCGAACAGCGGAUAGGUCUCAGAGUACUCGAGAGAGAAGGCCUGAUGAGAUAUCGAACACCGUAACUCUGGAAGAAUUUGUAUCUUCAAGCCUGGACGAAGAACGUCCCCGGACUAUUGGUUAUUCCUCAUCGUCUUCUCAUACAACUCCAUUGACCAGCGAUCACGUCCAUGUGAAGCAUAGGAAUUUCGAUGAUGGAACAUUAAUGUAUGACUCUACCCACUCCAGGAGCAUCUCACCCAGCAACGGAGUGCCCUACGGGCAAAAUAUCCUAAGCUACGAAGAUAGAAAAUCCAUGAAUACUGUACCUCCUCGCGGUUUGUCCCGAACAGUUGAGGACGUGAAUGCACACAACAGAUCCCUAGAAUUAUCUAGGGAUCAGAGAAGAACGUACAGCCAAGAGGAUGAGAAUGGCAUGCGAAUAGUUGAGAAAUCCUUCGUCAAGCUGAAGCAACCGGGGUGUCUUCAGAAGAAAUCCUGGCAACCAAGUUGCACUCAGCGAGCAGAUUUUGGUAGGCAGCAACAAGAUGCUGCCUCUUAUGCGAUGAGACAAAAAGAUUGGUCAAGAGGCAAUGACUCGAAAUAUACAAAGAGCUGGUCGCAUUCACAGUCCGGAGAGUGUUUGGAAGGGAUUCAAAGUCAGAUCAGAGCAGUGGAAUCUUUGCGAGUCAGUGAUGCCAGGAUCUAUGGGCCUACGAUACUUCCUAGGCCUGAGUUAAAAUGUCACUCUAGAUCGAAGGACUUUGACUCACUUCUAAGAGAACCUGCAAGUGUAGAGUCCAUUGUAGAUGUCAGUUCGACUCCAAGGAAAUUGGUCAGGAAUGAUGGGUAUUCAGGGUCCAGUAGUGACUUGGCAUGUCGAACCUCCUCGGAGACUUUACAGCGGACCAAAAAGGAAGCACUUCUGACUCGUAAGGGCAGUUUCAAUCUAAUAGAUCGUCGAGAUCUUCGCGCCUCUGCAGAUAAACAUUGGGUGGACUCGUUGAGGCGCAUUGAUAGACACGAAAAUGUCGAGAAAAAUAGAUUAAAGAACGUAGCUCAGUAUCAACCUCCACCGAUACCAAACUCACCUUUCGAGCCAGAUGGUAUGAGACCAGCGUUUGAGAUGCACCUGGAUAAGAGCGAGCAUGUUCAAAAGCCUAACAGGUUUAAGAGUUUAUUCGGAUCCAGAAGUCCUCAAAAGCCGAACACAUUGGACCUUCCCAAAGAACCCCAAAAAACCCUCUUAGGUUCACCAAGGCUGCACAGAGCAUUGUUCCGAGACAAGACCAGUAGUCAGCAAGAUCAGAAAGCUAACCGAUCCAACAGCCAAAGUCCGGGGGAUAGUGGAAUAAGUAGAUCGUUGAGUUCAUUCAGUGGAGCCAGUCAAUCGCAGACACUUAGCAGAAGUUUCAGCUCGAUAAGUUCAGCCAGUGAUUGGAGUCCAGACACCCCAACUUUAAAUCCAGUGAACCAAAUGGCCAAGGUUCCAUGUUCUGCGAUUCAGACAGCCUGCAAAAGGAAAUUGAACAAUACAAAGAGGAACUCGCUGACUCCUCCUACGUUACCAUAUAUUCCACCACCAACGUCACCACCUCCAGAUUAUCCAGGUCUCGAGUAUCCACCAGUUUUCGAGCCUGGAACUUAUUCUUUAACCGAUGCCUCGUUACUAAGAAUGAGGAACAAAAGUCAGAAUAACAUUGAGCAAUAAUGAAAAAUUCCUAAGGUUUUAGAAAUUCAAGAAAUUGAUACACUGAAAAAUCUGUAAGUAAAUUAAGUAUCAGUAAUCAGGAAUUGCUUCGCAGUAAGUCUUUCGGGUUCCUUAGUCGUCUUAAGUAAUGGCAAGAGUACAUACACGCAUGUCAUACAUGCGGUGUAUUAUUAUUUACGAGUGACUAGAGUAAUGUCUCGACAAGGAUUUGGAUAUUCUAUUUUAUUGAUUUAAUUUUAAUUAUGCAUAGGAAAUUGUAUACCACUUCAAAAACGCGCACAAUUUUAUGUGCCAUGAUUGAACGAUAUAAUUUUUUGCUUCUCUUUCAAUGUCGCUUUCAACUAGCUGCGACGGGCCUAAUUAAACAUUUUUAGAUAUCUAUUUUAAUAAAUUUAGAAGUUAGCGAUUCGACUCUGGGAAAUGAAAUAUGUAGGGGAGAUUUUUAAAGGCGCACGUCCAAUUUUUUGGAAAACGGUGAUAUGUAUUCUAUCGUAUGCAAUUUAUUGUUGUCAAAAUAAUAAUUUAUCCAGGUCCACGUUAAGACAUUGAGAUAUGUUAAUGCGUUAUUGGAGAUAUUCACCAAUGUCUUCUAAACACAUAAUAGUUCUUCGAUUCUGAAUUAACCGUCCAUGUUGUGCCUGUGCGAAAAUUUCUUACCUGAUAAUGUAGAAUAGGUGUAAGAUCAUUUUAAGAAUGGCCCUCUGGGAACUUUUGGUAGAAUCAAAAUUUAAGUUAAGGUGAUGUGAAAGUGGCGUCGAAGAGGUUUUGUUUAUAAAACAUUUCUCCCUACACGGUUUACC